AUGAAGCUGCUGCGGGGGCCGCUAGGGGCUGCCCUGGGCCUUGUGUUGCUGCUGAGCCCGGUGCAGACGGUGGAGCCCAUCAGCCUCGGGCUGGCGCUGGCUGGCGCCGCCUCAGCGCUCACCGGCCUCAUCUCCUACCCCCGGCUCUACUGCUACUUCACGGAGUGCUGCCUCCAGCGGGAGGGGGCCCGGGCGGGAGCAGCACUGCAGGAGGAUUUGGACAAGAAACUGUUUGGUCAGCACCUCGUGAAGAAGGUGAUUGUGAAAGCUGUGACUGGCUUCUUGAACAAUACAAACCCCAAAAAGCCUCUCACCCUCUCCUUGCAUGGAUGGACUGGUACUGGCAAAAACUUUGUCAGUAAAAUAAUUGCAGAGAGUAUCUAUGAAGGAGGCCUGAACAGCAAUUAUGUCCAUCAGUUUGUGUCUACUUUGCAUUUUCCCCAUGCACAUAGUAUUGGCCAGUACAAGGACCAGUUGCAGUCAUGGAUUCGGGGAAACGUGAGCGCCUGUGGCAGGUCAAUCUUUAUAUUUGAUGAAAUGGAUAAAAUGCACGCAGGGCUCAUUGAUUCCAUCAAACCAUUCUUGGACUAUUACGAGCAGCUUGAUGGAGUAUCCUAUCGGCGUGCCAUCUUCAUCUUUCUCAGCAAUGCGGGGGCUGAAAAGAUAACAGAGGUGGCAUUAGAUUUCUGGAAAAGUGGAAAGAAAAGGGAAGACAUGGAACUCAAAGACCUGGAAGCUGGAGUGUCUCUGUCUGUCUUCAACAACAAGAAUAGUGGCUUUUGGCACAGCAGCCUGAUCGACAGAAACCUCAUUGAUUAUUUUGUCCCCUUUCUGCCUCUGGAGUACAAACACGUGAAAAUGUGUGUCAGGGUUGAACUUGAAUCACGUGGCUACAUGGUGGAUGAAGAAAUCAUAACCAAAGUAGCUGACGAGUUGACCUACUUCCCCAAGGAGGAGAAAAUCUACUCUGAUAAAGGAUGCAAAACUGUGUUCACCAAGCUGGAUUUUUACUAUGACUUAUAAUGUUUUACGAAGCUGUGAUCUGCAAAGGAAAAAAUGAACCUAAUCACGAAGUGGAGAAACCGAAACAUUUCAUUUGUCAAGCACUUUUUUAAAAAAAAAAAAGGAACAUUGUCAUUUAAUUGCCUGAUGUAAAUAAGUGGCAAUACACUUGUCUUUUUAUUC